GCGGCAUGCUAGUGCAGUGAUGUGUACAUGCGCUUUAACCGGACUGUCGUUAGAGUGCAGGAUGAAGAUGAUGAUGAUGAGGAUGGAAACCUGACUACAUGGAUACAAUCGUAGAACUAGUUCUGAACUGCGUGCGUGGUUAGGACUCAACAAUGAACAAUUUAGCACAGCAGUGUUAGCCUAAUGCUACAACAGUUAAACAGUAAUGCUACAAGUGUUCAGCUGUUAUCAGUAACUCCGUUUGUCUGUAAAAUGCUGUGUUUAACUUUUUUAAACAAUAUUCAGCUUCCAGUCCAGUCCGUAUGAUUCAGCGUUAGGAAAUCCUGAUGUCUAUAAAGAAGAGUGUAAACACGAAACAGUGGAGAGAACGGACUGAGAUGUCGGAGGAUAAAUGGUGCUGGACUGUAACUGGAGCGACAGUAGCAGGUGUUACUGCACUUUACCUGGCCGGUGUGGGGAGGACAGUACCUGGUGGAGAUUCAGGAGAAUUGAUCACUGCUGCUUGUGAGCUGGGGGUGGCCCAUCCUCCUGGAUAUCCUCUCUUUACCAUGUUGUCCUGGCUAGCCAUUCAUCUGCUCCCAACUAGUUCUCCUGCACACAGCAUCAACAUAAUGUGUGCUCUCUUUGGGGCUCUGGCUAGUGGGGUGCUCUGCUUCACCGUCUGCAGAUUGGCCAGACGGGGUCCGGGAGCUGUGCUGGCAGGUGGAACCUUUGCUGUAUCCAGGCUUGUGUGGCAGUGGUCAGUUGUAGCAGAGGUCUUCUCACUUAACAACUUGUUUGUGGGGCUCCUUUUCUGUCUCUUGGCCUGUUUUCAUACUGCAGAAACUGUGAUUCAAAAGCAAAAGUUUGCUUUGUGGGGGGCGCUGUGCUGUGGAUUAAGUCUGUGCAACCAGCACACUUUGGUUGUGUAUGUUCUCGUCGUCAUUCCUUGGGUUCUGAUCCAGCUCUACAUUUACAAAGCAUUGUGUUUGUUUACUCUGGUAUACCUGGGUUUGUGUUUCCUGGCUGGAUUCCUGCCAUACCUCUACCUGCCCAUCUCUUCAUAUUUAAAUACAGCCCAGUGGAGUUGGGGAGAUCAGACAACCCUUCAUGGCCUGCUCACACACUUACUCAGGACUGAGUAUGGCACUUUCAGCCUGGCAAAAUCUGAAGAGGGAGUUAACCUGGUGAAGAUGCUGCAAGCUCAGUUAAAUCACUGUAUGACUGACCUCUCUGUUCCUGUGCUCAUAUUAGCUGUGCUGGGUCUUCUGCAUGCUUUCUGGAAAAGGAGCUGCUGUGCUUUGGUGUGCCUAAUAGCUCUUAUGGUGAGUGUCUAUUCUGUGUUCUUUGCCUGGAGAGCCAACCUGGACAUUGAGAAGCCCCUGCUGUUAGGAGUGGUAGAGCGGUUCUGGCUGCAGGCUGAUGCUGGUGUGUGUGUUCUGGCUGGUGUGGGACUGAACUGGACAGUGUGCUGGUUGGAGAGACGGAUAGGUAUAGGAACUGUCUGGACUACAGUAGCCUGGCUCCUCACUGCUGGACUUCUUUCACACAUGGUCAACAUCAACCACAGAGAGUGUGAUCAGAGCAGGAAUGAAGUUGUGGAGAAGUUUGCUCUUGAGCUCGUGUCUUCAUUCCCUGAAAACUCCUUGGUGCUAACCCGGGGUGAUCUUCCUGGCAACACACUCCGCUACGUACACUACUGCCAGGGCCUGCGUCCAGACCUCAGCCUCGUUGACCAGGAGAUGAUGACGUAUAGCUGGUAUGUCCCUAGGCUGCGUAAGCAUCUUCCUGGAGUGACGUUCCCUGGAAGAAUUUGGGACCCAGCAAAAACUGAAAAGAAGAGCUUUAAUAUUGAAACCUUUCUACAGAACAAUAUGCACCGGCCUGUGUUUGUAUGCAUAGGUAUUUCGGAGGGUGACCAGAGCUGGGAAAGGUCUUUCUCCCGCUGGCCGUAUGGGGUCUGUGAGCAGCUGAUGCCCAUUACGAGCCGCCUGCAUCCCGCAGAGUGGGUAGAACGAACACAGCACCUGUACAACUGGAGUGAACCUCAUGACAGCUUUCCCCCUGGCUCAUGGGAGAGAGUGGCCAAUGAGGAAAUGUGGCAGGCAAGGAUGAAAAAUGCAUUCUUCCUCUUUGACCUUGCUGAGAGGAUGGAGGGAGGGAGCCAGACUCAUCUCUAUGAGCUCUCUUACAAUCUGUAUUGUCAAAUUGUGGAUGCCCAGGCAGACUACCCAGCCAACUGGGAUAAGAAUUUGGCUCUGGCUGCUGAGCGUUUGCUCCGUUCUGGUGGAGGGACUUAUGGACCAGAGACCCUUUUGAGUCGCAGUAUCCAUCACUUCAGCCUCUACCUUCAGAAAGAACCCACAGAUGACCAGAGCAGCGCCAUCCGUUCUGCCAUCACACACCUCAAAAAAGAGAGGGACAGACUCAGAGAUGCACAGAGACAAAGACAAAACAGACCCCCAUAAAACUGAUCUGAAAAACCCCUCACGACCAAGACCCUCCGGCUGAUUGUAGAGGGGUGAAUCGAAAGAACCAAAAGAUUGUGCUUCAUGACCUUCAUGACCUUUUCAAUGGGACAAAGGUCUGGACUGCAGACAGGGAUUGUGGGAACACAUGGAAUCACCGUGACCAUGGAUGUAGGCAGGGCGCCACAGCAACACUGGAAUGUGGGCCGCCUGAGCAGAUAAGAGUGGAGAGCCCAACCAGCAGGAGUCAGAGGGGCUGAAGAAAGAAAGUAAAAAUGGGAAAAGAAACAAGUGUGAUGCUGAAGUCAGGAGUGUGAUAGGACCGGAAUAAACAAACUGGGAAAGGAGUGGAGGGGCUAAGGGAGCGGUGACGAAAAAAAGCUGGCCACUGGACUGGGAGAAAUGUGUAGAAUUGAAAUAAAACUUUGGCCACUGAGGCAGAUUGCUGUGUGGGUGUGUGUGCAUGUGGAGGCUGUGGAGUUAUAUGGCUUGUUUCAAAGCUUGUUGAGAUGAGGAGGCAGAUGAAUACUGAUCUCAUGAACUAAUAAAUCAAUAAGAGGUCACAUGACCUAAACAGUGUAGAGUUAAAAAAAUGUAUGGACACUUUGGAAAACAUAACACCUGUUUGUAUGCAUGUAUGUGUCCUAAAUAACAAAAAAGACCCGAUAUUCUUCAACCAGGCUUAAUAGUUGGUAUUAUGCAUUCGGGUAGGUAGUAUUAUCCUGGCAUCCACCAAAGCCAGAUUGGUCUGUUACAAUAAAGCA